AGCACGCCCCGUGCCGGUAGAACGAAGGACGAUGACGCCGCCUCUCUGAAGGUUUUAAUGCGCGUCGCGUCGCGCCGCGCGUCAAUCGCAUUCCGUCAUGUUUUCCACAAUCGUGUCACACGACCUAAUCGUCCCGACGAAGUUUCCACCAGGGUGUCAUCCGGAUUUCCCGUAACUGAAAACGGACGUGAUCGACUCGCGGAGACCACGCUCAGAGGAGUGCUCCGAAGAACGGAAUGACGCUUAGCGAUGAAACGGACCGAUCCCGCUGGAUCACGAAUAAUCGCUGAUCAUUCCGUGCAACACGUUAAUCGUUCCUGGGCUGUCAUCCGCUCAUACAAGUUUCCACACAUCUGCUGCAAUCAACUCCUGAGAAGGAUCUGAACAAGUUCCAGAUCGCAUAUCUCGGGCCGUUCGACCAACCGCGUUUGUACCGCGCGAUAGGUGUCGCGUAUUAAAACGUUAAUCCGUGCUGUACUACCGGUUAUACAUACAGAUUAGUCCUCAUCCCUCCGGUCUGCCUUACCCACCCUAUUUCUUGCCAGCUAUCUAUCUCUCUUCCUUUCUCUCUUUUUUUUUUCUUUCUGUCUUCCUCUUUCUUUAUCUUUCACGAUUCUUCCCUCCCGCGAUCCUCACCUCCUACGGCGACUACUUUCGCCGGAGCGCGCACUCGAUCCUCCUCUCCCUUUUCUUGUUCUCUCUCCGAUCACUCCGUCCCUUGCUGCCUCUUCCUCCCCCGCCGCCGUCAUCGUCUCUAUUGCCCUUAUUGCUCGAGAGACCGAGGUCGCGAGCAAUACGUUUGCUCGCGUUUCGCGAACGCGCGUGCCAAUCGAGAGAUGGUGAACGGGCGGCGCGAUGAGUCCGAUCCCACCGGUGGCGAGACGCUCGCGAGACGUUCGCGAGACGACGACGACAACGACGACGACGACGACGACGAUAUUACAUCGCGCGAUUGAACUCUCCAUUCUCGCUCCGUUCGACGCGAGACGCUUCUAUUCUGACGGGGUAUCUUUGUAUCGUGAGACGUCUCCCUCUCGCAGUACGAAGUGUCGAUUGUAUUUUGCGAAUUUUCUCAUUUCCUCCAUACGUCCGUUCUGUAUCGACGCGAGGAGAAUGACGUGCAACGAUAAACUUCGACGCGAUAUUUCUACGAACGCGGGCGUUGUUGACAUAUCGUGAUAACGGAGAGAACUGCAACGGAAGGUAUGUUGGCGAACAGAUCGGGAACACUGUUUCCCGUGAUCUCGGACUUCGUUUCGCGAAGUUGCCGUUGUGAUCGUCAGUUAUUAUAAAUACGCUUGUGGAGAAUUUGAUUUGUAACAAGUGAAGCUUUCCUCAUCUCCGAGGAGACAAAUCACUGGACCUAUUGGUUCAACUUAAUCUUUGAUACCUAUCUUUGUGGGUCGGAAAAACAUUCUGGAGAACAGAAGAAAAAGAAGAAAAACAGAUUGGCAAGUCUCUGUGGCGAUUGACGAGAAUGCAUUCGGAGAAAAGCAUCGUGAGAGGAGAGAAAAGCUAAAGUGAUAGACCACGACGUCUUGGCGACCGAUUAGUGUCUAUUGAUCAGCUAAAUUGACGUCAAGGAAUAAGUAUUGAUGAGAGAUAAGGUGAAGCGGGGAUAUCUCAUUAAAGCUUCGCCAAGAAGACUCGGAAUAUAUCGCCACGAAAACAUCGCUCGUGACGGACAAACGCCUCUUUGAUGAGCCAUUAUUUCUAGGAAAGCCGGAAAGUCAGGCUUCAGACGCAAUCAAGAGCGUAUACCACGGGAGGCAUUUAAUACGUUUAUACCCGGGAGAAGGGUUCUACGUGGGAGCAAAAAGCCCAGUGUGUCUCGAGUGCCCCGAAGCGUCGUCUUAUUAGCUUUUGCGAGAGAACGGGCGGCGGUGGUCGCGAAAAGGGACAUAAUAUACCGUAGGGGGGGAGGAAGGAAGGAGAGAGGACCCCGCCGGCGUUCCCUAGAUUAGAAGGUCUCGGCCACGGCGAUUAUUACCGUCGGGCUGGGGUUACGCCGUGAAGCACACGGUGGUGGAAGAAACCGCCGGUGGAAAUCGAUCUUAACGACCACCUCGUCCCCGUCGGUUGUCGGUCCGGAUGUGGUUGUCGCUGCUCGCCCAUCGCGUUCGCCGCCAUUCGUCGCGUAAGAAGAAGCAUGUCGAGCUUGGCGCGGAGAAGACGCACGGCGGUGCUCGGUUCGAAGCGAUGGUGGCAAGGCGGCUGCUGGGCUACCAGGAGUCACCAGGAAGCGUACUUGCGCAAGCUCUACGGCAGGAAGAACAAUCAAGAUGCCAGGCCAAAUAAUGGUAGCCAAAACGACGAGGAUGUCGCAGCGCGCACCGCCGGUAUCGAUGCACCUUGGGCGACGCCUGGUGUUUAUGAUCUUCCAACCAUUACCGACUCCGAGCAUCACUACCUGGAUGCAUUUCUGAGAAAUCGCGAAGACGGCGCGAACGGCAACAACGACGACGUCGACGAUGUCGUCGCUGUGGUGGUUGGCUGUCCGGCGUUGGCGACGUCGCGCGCGAGUCCGACGGAGAAGUGCGUGGAGUUCCUGAAGGGCGCUCAUCACGACGACGGAACCAAUUUCGGUCGCCGUGCCGCGGUAGACGCGGAAUGUGGCCGCGUAGCCGAUUGCGGUUCGAUGCAUUCGAGUUACGAUGCGGCCGCCGGUUGUUCCGAGAAAGUGUGCAGGAGCUGCAGGUGCCCGCGAGAGGAGCACCAGCGGACUUCGACGGAGGCGGGUGGUCCUUCGGGACUCGGCCUGGGUCCAGGUCCGCCGAUGGCGAUGGCCAUGGCCUUUCCGAGCGGCGCCGAGGGCGCGCCUCACCAGGAGCCGUUCAAGAGCCCGGUGCAAGCUGCGCCGGCCGGUCUGGCGCUGCAGGAGGCUCUGAUGCAGCAUCACCAGAGGCACUCGCAAAGCGACGACGACAGUGGUUGUGCGCUCGAGGAGUACACGUGGGUGCCACCCGGACUGAGGCCCGACCAGGUGCAUCUGUACUUCAGCGCGCUGCCGGAGGACAAGAUCCCGUACGCGGGUAGCGCCGGCGAGCGGGAGCGGUGUCGUCAGCUGCUAGUGGAUCUAAUCUACUUCUGGCGGGACGGCAGGCUCUACUGCGGCCGUCACCACGCCGAGACUCUCAAACCCCGCUGCUGCGCUUGCGACGAGAUCAUCCUCGCUGAUGAGUGCACCGAAGCCGAGGGUAGAGCGUGGCAUAUGCGCCACUUUGCUUGCCUCGAGUGCGACCGGCAGCUCGGCGGCCAGCGGUAUGUGAUGCGGGAGGGCCGGCCGUACUGUCUCAGGUGCUUCGACGCUUCCUUCGCUGAGUACUGUGACAGCUGCGGCGAGCCGAUCGGCGUCGACCAGGGCCAAAUGUCACACGAAGGUCAGCACUGGCACGCGACCGAGGCUUGCUUCUGCUGCGCUACUUGCCGCACUUCUCUUCUGGGCCGGCCGUUCUUGCCGCGACGUGGUGCCAUUUACUGCAGCAUAGCGUGCAGCAAGGGGGAACCGCCGACGACACCGAGUGACUCCUCCGCCGGGCCGCCCCCGCCCCCGUUGUCCUUCCUCAGGAGUGGUAGGAGGCAGACGAUGGCCACGAGCGAGGGUUCGUCGAGUCCACCUCCACCGCCUCCACCUCCGCUUCCUCCAGGUUCUAGGCAUACCCUCGGAUCUCCUAGGAACUCGCCUCGAAUGACCAGAAGACAUCAACAAAUUUCCGCUUCCUUGGCAACAACGCCUACCCAGAGUACCCAGAAUGCUCUGAGCCCCGAGUUUGGCGCGGAAGGACUUCCUUCCAGCGGUUCCAGACCCAGUGGUCUCGAUAGGGUACUUUUGGAGCGAAAUCUUGAGAGACUAUUACAGGAACGCAGCUCUCAUCCUGACGAAAACUGUAGUGAGUUGGGAAGGCUGAUGCAAGCGCGGGAUCGGGAGCCUUUGAGAUGCAUCCAGAAUUGCACACCUAUUCACGCUUCGAGCAUGCCGGAACUGCCGCCACCUCCGCGGCCAUCGUCGGGAGCAUCAGCACCAAUGUCAACAUCGACCGCCGGCGCAGCGUCCGCCGGCGUACUGUCGCAAGAGCCGGCGACAUCACCGACCAAUCCCGGGAUUGGAGCCAGUCAGACGGAUCCGCCGACGCCGACGUCGAGACGCGUCCGAUUCCAGGGGGAUCUAGACGUCAAUGAUCACAGCGCGACGUCGCGCAUCCCUCUCUCGCCGACAAACGACCGGAAUUCGUCAUCGUCGCCCUCGCCCACGUCGCUGUCGAGAACAAACGUGUCACGAUCAAGAAGUCUACAGCCCGAGGAGGUUGCUAGCACGUCUUGGGGAACGGCAGGCACGUCUAGGUCGAGAAUGGACGGCGAAGAUGACGACGCCGAGAGCUGUUGCUCGACGUGCAGCUCAUCCAGCAGCUCGGACGAGGCCGCGGCUUACGCACUACCACCACGACGAGCCUACGGCGGCGUUCGGAUUUCUUACGUGCCAAACGACGCGGUAGCGUGCGCGCGGAAACGCGCACCCGCUUCCUCGUCGUCACCAAAUCAAGCUCAGAGGGACACCGAAAAAUGCGUCAUAUCUUGAUAACUCCUUCGGUACUCUACGAGUUUUGAUUUCGUCGUUAUGAUAAUUUGGAGGACUACAAACGACGUUCAAGAAAGAGUUCCUACAAAGUGGACGCACUUUUCGAUAUCUUUCAAAGCGUCGUCGACGCCUGCAGCAUCGCAGCACGUCUUACACGCACGCCAAACAUAUGGACGUGUACGACAAAUUGAAAAUAAUACUCAUUUCAUUUCUGUAAAUAUUGUGAGCUCUCUUCCAGGGCACGUGAUCGUCAACGCGCCGCCACAAUCCAACGAUCGCGUCCCUUUAUUUUUAAUACCCUAUUAAUGUAUUUGAUAAUAAUAACGAUGACAAUGAUAAUAACCUUGUGUGUUUUGUUGUCAUUGACAUUUUA